AUGAUGUCGCCGGAGAGCACCGAAGAACAGGACCUCGGGGUGGUAUAUCCUGGCCGCGAUCUGUCGCCACCGUCGGCGAAAAGGCUACGCUUCACGAGCGUGGACGAGGAUGCGAGCGUGAGCUCGAACGCGGCGGACAUCAACAGCAGGGCAUGCGCAAAGGAUGCACGCCAUCGGACGGGAAGCAUCACCGAGAGCGACGGUGAGCCACAGCUGGGCGAGGCGGAAGGCGAGGAUCAGCCGGGGGGCGCGGGCGCACGGGGUCAGACGACAUCCUCGCUCGACUACACGGCCGGAAGUGAUCGCAGCAGUGGCAGUAGCUGCACGACAGCGAUCUACGGUGCCGGUGACAGUGGCCUCGUUGGCGGCAAGUUCACCGAUCCGUUCAACAACAACAACAACAACAACAAUAGCAUCGGUCCGCUCGGCGCAAACAAUAACAACAAUAACAGUGGCAGUGCGAGUGCGAUCGGUACGAACAUCAACAACAACUCGAUCAAGAGCCGCCUGGGCGAGAUGGACGAGGCGAAGUUUAGUGAGUUUAGCAAAUUUCUAGCCGAUAGCGAGAAGGACGAAAGCAUGGCGACCAUCCUCGAGCUGCUUCACGAUAAUUACGGUUUGAUACAGCGAUACGCGUCCGGGUACGAGUGCAAGCACGAAAAGUGUCAGUACGAGAGCCUGCACGAGCACUUUCACUGCCACGACACGUUCUGCCGGGGGAAGGUUCUGUACAAGAAGUACGAAAUCAUCCGUCACCUGAAGUGGCACAAGAAGCGCAAGGAAUCGCUCAAGUACGGAUUCUACCGGUUUUCCUCGUCGGACGACUGCAGCAUUCAGUACGGUGCGUGCCAGCACAACCACAAGCACACCCACUACCAUUGCGUGCACGAGAACUGUGAUAAGGUGUACAUCAGCACCAGCGACGUCCAGAUGCAUGCCAACUAUCACCGGAAGCAUGAGGCGAUCGUCAAGAAUGGAUUUCAACGGUUUCGGGCAACGGAAGAAUGCAACACGGAUUAUUGUGUGUUUCGAUCGCAAAGGACGACGCACUUUCACUGCAGAAGAGAAAAUUGCAAAUACACCUUCAAAAAUAAAGCUGACAUGGAGAAACAUAAAACAUACCACCAGAAGGACGAAAUGCUCCUGCGGGAUGGCUACAAGAAGUUCCUUAAGACGGAAGACUGCACCUACAAAGAUUGUCGGUUUUCGCGGGUGUGCAAUCACAUCCACUGCAUGCACGAAAACUGUCGCUAUGUGCUCCACUCGAGCGGUCAGCUGUUGAGUCACAAGCGCAAACACGAGCGCAUGGAUACGGAAGUGGACUACCGGCGGUUUCAGAUGGCCCGGAGUUUGCUGGGUAAAAUCAGUAACCAACCGAAGCCGGAUGAAGCGGUUCCGGCCGCUGGUGAGAAUGUACCCGAGCGGCCCGUCGGCGUCGUCGAGGAACCAAGGCUAUCACCAGCUCCAGCGACGGUGUCAGACGGUUCGAGUUUGACAGGGAAGAACCCGUUCCUCGAUCUACUGUCGGUUAUGGCGGAAAUAACCUUCCGUACGCUACCGAUCCAAAUGAUGUACCAUAUGCGCCUUCAGCUGUUGCAGCAGAUGAGCUACGAGCAGGUGUUCGCUCCGGAGAACGUGGAAAUGUUACGCAAUCUCACGAUGAUGGGAAGCAUUGAGGAAGCUUACCUGAGCCAAUUGUACGGCAGUGCAAUGGGUGUACCUCCAGCGACCCUUCUGGAUCAUAUAGCUGGACAGGCACAAACCACGGUGGCGGCAGGCCAUGAGGAAUCUCUUGGUACGAAGCGGAAAUACAAACCAGACGACACCACCGAUCACCGGGAUCAACACACAGAUGUACCGUUGUACCUGAAAAAGGAACCAGUGCUAAGCAGUACGCCGCCUCGUUCGAAAUUACUGUCGAAUCCUUCGGUCGACUAUCGUCUUCUUAAAAAAGACGACACCUCGGUGGCGUCGAGUACUCCCGUCAGCUCGAAAGGAUCACCCCACGAUGGUUCUUCACCCCUCGAUCGGGAUCAUCGGACACUGCUGGAAACGGCAAACUUUCUUCAGUUCAGCUCCAGCAAAACCCUGUUCAACCGGAAGCGAGGUCGUCCGCGUAAAAACCACGUGAUGGAGGUGUAUAACAACGUCCAGGACUCACCGCAAGCCAUAUUCACCAGCUUCAAGUUGGAGAAGAGUGAGUCCAAACCGUCCACGGAUGUCCACUCGGCAAGCGUUUCGUCAAGGGACGUCACACCGGCGGUGGUACAAGAGGCGGACCGUAAUGGAAUGACCGGAAGGAGUCUCUCCGAUGGAUCCGGUACCAACAGUUCCACUACCACACAGUACUUCCCAGGAAGCAACUACCUGCCAUUGGCCACAAAUGUACCGCAGCUCGGUGGGUUCGACUCGGCGGCACUGUUUGGCAACUUUUCCCAACUGCUCGAACGUCACAUGCGGGAAGUGAAGCAUGAACCGGUGGCCACCGUCCGGUCUAACCACCUUAAGUGUGUCGUCUGUCGGAACCUUUUCGAGACGUUCGCCGACAUUAAGAACCACGAGUGCCACGGUGACCGGGCGGCACUGGAGAAACCCUUGCUGGCGUAUCCACCGUCGCUGGCGAGACAGGUUGGACCCCCCUUGGUGGAUUAUCGGACGCCUAUCGGUGGAAUGGAACCGGAGGUGGCGGCUUCAGUGUUUCGAAGCAGUGCGACUAGUGGCUCGAGUGGACCGAUGCCACCGACUUCUGCGGCGCCAACGCACCAUGGGAAAGAUUCUAUUUCACUGGUCAAAACGGCAGGGACGUUCUUUCCCGAUGUGAACGCGAACAAGCUGAAGUACGCCUGA